AUGUAUCACGGCGGAGGAUCGCCCGUCUUUGACGUGCCCGAGUUCCCAACAUUACGACGGGUAAAACCGCUCCCGAAACGGCGUAAAACGUCGCCCACCGCUUCUUCUGAUCCCACAUCCAACAACGCCAACGCUGCUGCGUUGGACAUGAUAAAUCCAGAUGCGACUGCUGAAGAACUCCUGGCACACGCGGAGACGCUCUCGGCGCGCAUGGCUCUGCAGAGCUAUUACGUGCCGAUUUUGGGGGGCGUGCAGGAUUUCCUUGCGGGCGCUGCUGCUGCUGCGAAACCCGGAGCAGGAGGGGCAUCGCCUAACCUUGACUCUCUAGAGUUUGGGGUGCACCUUGCAGCGGCUGCUGCUGCCGCUGCUGGGCUAGGGUUAGGUGGGAGGGGGGGAGGUGAUGAAGAUGAUGAGCAUGGAGAUGGGGAUUAUAUUGAUCAUUUGCAGCAGCCGGGGAAUACGAAGAAGAGGAAGGUUCCUGUGAAUGUUGGGAAUUCGCCUCGUGGUGGUGGGGUGGAUGGGGAGGAGGUGGGUGCGGGAGGAGGUGGAGGGAGGGAGGAGAUGGACAGGGGGAUACCGACUGGACGGACGGAGGGCGGUGGUGGAGGGGGCGGCAGUGAGUCUGCGAUGGAGGCCUAUCGACCUACUGCGGGUCAGUUGGGGUUGUUAGGGCAGAAGAGGGGCAAGUUGGCGGCUGUUACUUUGGCGGGGCUGCAGCAUAAGGAAAUGUUGAAGAGCAGGAAGAGGCAGUUGGCGGCGGUGUUGGGUGCGCUUUCGCAUGGCGAUACGCUUGCGCUUGAUCAAGCUUUAUCGGCGAAUUAUCCGUUUGUUCCUGGUGGGCGAUUCGACGACGUGAAGAACGUGGAGAUGCCGAGGGUUCGUUUGUCGAAGAGGACGACCGUUCGUCUUGCUAGAGCUAUGAGGAUCAAACGCAUUCCCCGCCAUCCUGAUGCGGUACCGCUCCCUGCUUCUGAAUUCACUUUUGUCUGUCCCAGCGCGACCGCCGACCGCCUUAUCGCCACCAAGGAGGAAGUCACGAUGCUGCGCAAUCGUUUCGAGGAGGAGUUGGAACGGCAGGCAGCCAAGGCAGUUAAACUGGCUGCGGCGAGUAGGAUGAUGAACUCGUUGACAUCCAAGGGUAGGUCAAAGCGCGAGCGCGCCCAGCAGCGCGCACGGACGAUCACCAAUGGGAAACCGCCUAGUGUUGAGCAGACGGCAGAGUUUUUGGAUCAGGCUUUGAUAGGCGGUACGAAACCGCGGGGGAAGAAGAAAAAGCGGUCCGCCCUCGCGAACGCGUCCAACCCUCAUCAUCUGCGCAACUACGUUCCAUCACGUCUGCCGCAUUCUGGUGGUGGUGUUGGAGCCGCGAAUGGUACUUCCCAGGCCAACCCUAACGAUCUGGGCCCGCUUCCGUUGCGAUUUUUGUCUGCUGAGAUCCCACCACGAAGGAGGAAGAAAUCCCAGGCGCCUCAGCCUACGGCGCAACUGACCAACCCGGCGGACGAAUGGAUUUGCGCGUUCUGCGAGUACGCUUUGUUCUAUGGCGAUGAGCAGGAGUACCGUAGGGCGGUGAGGAACCGGAAGAAGAUUUUGAGGCGCCGACGACGUGCGAGGGAGCGGGCUGCUGCUGCUGCUGCGGGUGGGAAUAGUGCUGCACCCAAGGUUCCCGAGAAAAGCGGGAGUGAUGGGUAUGAGGGUAGUGGUGGUGGGUUUGAUCCGUCUCCGGAUGAGUUCGCCAACGUUCCGAAGCAGACAAAGUGGAAGGGAGAUCCGAACAAGGAUAAAGAGCGGUCUCUGGCGGGGGAGCAGGCUUCUUACGGAUAAUGAUAUCUAAAUAUCCCCGGGAUUGCAACCUAUCGGAACGAAUACCACUUUCAUUUCAAUAACUGUCUACAUCGUUUUAUCUACUCGUGCAAUUAUAUUUUGCUUCUUUC